AUGAAACUGUAUUACUCUCCCACAUCGCCAUUCGUUCGCAAGGUGGUGAUUGUUGCUCGUGAAGUUGGGCUCUUUGAGGAUCUGGAGAUCAUAACAGUGGCCGUUGUUCCACAUGAAGUGAAUCCAGGCUCAAGCAGUGUACAAGGUGCCGGAAAUCCGUUAGGAAAAGUCUGGACCUCGUUGUCGUUCAGAUUUCUUCACCUACCGGAAAUUGCUGACAUUACCGUCCUCAUUCUGUCCAAACCGCAGAUCCCUACUUUGAUAUUAGAAGAUGGAACAGUCCUCUUUGAUUCGCGUGUCAUUGUGCAGUAUCUCGCUGCACUGAAACCAGCUAAAGGGAUCAUCCCUACCGAUAUCAAAGCACAGUUCCUAGCCAAGAAACGCGAAGCUCUUGCCGAUGGACUCUGUGAAGCUGGCACACUUUUGAGAUUCGAGGGCCUUCGACCAGUAGAAAAACAAUGGCCGAAUUGGGCUGAGGGACAGACACGUAAAAUCACGGCUGCUUUUGACGCGAUGGAAGCUGAAGUCCCAGACAUGGCUUCAUCUUUGGCCACCAUUGGAGAAAUUGCUUUUGUAUGUGCUUUGGGUGUGUUUGAUUUCAGGUUGGGAGCCGCUUGGAGGGAUACACAUCCAAAAUUAGCUGCAUGGUACAAGUCUGUCGAAACCCUGCCAGUAGUCAUUGCAACAGCUCCAAAAGCUCCAACAGCAUGA